AGGCAUAUACACGCACUCCAAGUAUGAACCACCAACCGAAAUUCGUUCCUUCCAGCUCCCCCUUCACGGUACCGUCACUGCCCGAUCGCCUUCCACAUGCUGCCUGACCUUCCGAUCGCGCAUUUUUCUUGAGAAAGGUAAAGGAAAAUUUGACGUCACACUUGCAAAACGAUGGAACCAAACUCCACUUCCUCUUCCUCCGCCACCGACGCCCUUAUAACACCCAACAUCAUCAAAUUCACAGCUUUUGCUCUCCUUUCUGUCUCCUUCAUCUUUCUGGCCAACUUCCUCUCCUCUUCCAGCCUUCCCUUACGCUCCUUCUCCACUAUCACUGCCUUCACAUCUCCACCGCCGCGGGUCAAAUCUCUGCCACCAGCCCCACCACAAGUGGUGACCAGGACGGGGAUAAUAGACCAGAAUGGGGCAAUGGCCACGGAGUUUGAGAUAGGCCUGGUGGAUCCGAGGAUAGUGGAGGAGCUGAGGAAUUUGAGUGGGGAAGAGGAGAGAAUAGAGGAGAGGAACCAGGUUAAGGUUAAGGUCGAGAAAUUUAGGGUCUGCGAUCAGAGUGUGAGUAAUUAUAUACCGUGUUUGGACAAUGUGGAGGGUAUUAGAAGGUGGAACUUGAGCCGGCAUUGCCCCCAGGAAGGGCAUGGAUUGGAUUGCUUGGUGCCACCGCCUGAAGGGUACCAAUUAAGAAUACCUUGGCCGCAGAGUAUAUAUGAGGUGUGCUUUAAAAAUAUUCCCCAUGUACAUCCGACUGAGGAUAAGGGAGGUCCAAAUUGGAUAGCAAUGAAGAAAGACAAGUUACUCUUCCCCAAAAGCACUUUUGAUAAUGUUGAAGCUCGGUAUUUCAAUAAGAUUUUGCAGAUGGUUCCUGAUAUUUCAUUUGGCCAAAACACCCGAGUUGCCUUAGACAUUAAUUGUGGAGUAGCAAAUUUUGGCAUCUUAAUGUUACAACAUAACGUAACCACUCUAUCAAUAGCGCCGAAAGAUAUUCAUGAGAACCAAAUUCAAAUUGCACUAGAACGUGGUGUGCCUGCUAUGGUAGCUGUAUUUGGCACGCAGAGGUUGUUGUAUCCGAGCCAAGCUUUUGACUUGAUACUGUGUUCAAGAGGUGGGAUCAAUUGGACUAGUGAUGGUGGAAUUCUGCUUCUCGAGGCCAACAGGAUUUUGAGGGCAGGAGGAUUCUUCGUAUGGCAAGCACUACUUGUACAUGAAUCAGGAAACGAUUUAGAAGAACAGUGGAAAGCACUGGAGGACCUUGCUAAUCGUAUUUGUUGGGAAUUGGUCAAGAAGGAGGGUUAUGUUGCCAUAUGGAGGAAACCUUUAAACAACACCUGCUAUCUCAAUCGUGAUGCCAGUUUGCAGCCUCCAUUAUGUGGUUCUAAUGAUGAUCCAGACAAUGUUUGGUAUGUUGGUUUGAAGGCAUGUAUCACAAGAUUGCCAGACAAUGGUAAUGGAGGCAAUCUUACUUUAUGGCCUGCACGCCUUCAUUAUCCACCGGAUAGGCUCCAAAGCAUUCAUCUGGAUGCACACCUAUCCAGGAAAGACAUUUUCGUUGCGGAGUCUAAAUAUUGGAAUGAGAUAAUAGACAGCUACAUUCGUGCUUUUCGUUGGAAACAAUUGAAUCUGCGAAACGUGUUGGACAUGAGGGCUGGAUUUGGCGGGUUUGCAGCAGCAUUACACACUCUCGAAGUUGAUUGCUGGGUCAUGAAUGUUGUUCCGGUUAGUGGGUUCAAUACCUUGCCUGUUAUUUAUGACAGGGGACUUAUAGGGGUUACGCAUGACUGGUGCGAACCAUUUGAUACUUACCCAAGAAGCUAUGAUCUAUUGCAUGCAGCUGGUCUUUUCUCUGUUGAGCAAAAGAGAUGUAACAUCACGAUCAUCAUGCUUGAGAUGGACAGAAUGCUAAGACCCGGUGGACUCGUCUAUAUAAGAGACUCGGUAACUCUUAUGGAUGAACUUCAGGAAAUUGCAAUAUCCAUGGGGUGGGUACCUGCCUUACAUGAGACUAGCGAAGGUCCCCAUGCAAGUUGGAAGAUUUUGAUAUGCGAAAAGCGAAUGUGAGACCUUGACUAGAUUAACUGGAGAAAGGCAUGUCAACUAUGCGUUCCUUGUGUUUAACUUAUGCUCUCCUUGUGUUUAACUUGACUAGAUUAACUGGAGAUGGAAGCCUUGAUCUCACAGAGACAGAAUUAGGUAAAAAUACUUAUUGGGAAUCUUUGUAAUGUAGAUUCAUUAUGUACAUUACCAACAAAUGACCAAUAUCUGUUCCAAUUAAAGAAGACUUCAUCGA